AUGACGGCGACUUCUUCAGAUAAGAAGUCGAUUAUUGACAUGCAGAUAGAUAGCAUUGUUAGACAAACUAUGCAAAUAUGUCAAAAUUUCCUGAGCAAUUUACCCGAUAUUCAGCUAGGAACUCCUGAAUCUCGAAAUAAACUCAUGGAAUACUAUGAAAAUUUCUUCAAAAACGAUCACUCAAUCGUAUUGGCACUUACGCCACUCACUUUAACAGUCUCCAAAGUAAUAGAUCAAAUAUUUACGAUUAUAGAAAAUGCAUUUCCAACUUUUGACCUUUAUUCAACAGCAAAUCCUAAAGAACAAGGUUCAAAAUCACUCGUAGCAACAUUUUUAAAUCACGCGAAAUGGGAUAAUCACGUAGUUAGACUUUCAAUUUUAAUUUUUCUUGAUUUUUUACGUGCAUCAUUUGUUCAUCAUACAAUUUUACUUUCUAGAGACUUAUCUGAUGACCAAGCAUUAACGUUUACUAAUAGAAUCGUAUUAAAUGUCGUUGAUAAUAAAAUUAAUGAAGAAGAUUUACAAUAUUUCUAUGUUUCUGCACGUAAAUGGGGCAAGUGCCUUCAUGAAUUAAGUAUUAUAUACAGUUAUCCCGCAGAAACAGCAGCAUAUCAAUUUAUCGAAGAAUUAUAUAAUUCUACAAUGAGUGACAGCAAGAGAUUGAUCAAGCAAUCAUUGCUAUCAUCAGUAAUGUUCGGAAUCGCUACAGAUCUCGCGAAAUUAGAUACUCAACUCACUCAAAAAUCAACAUUUUUCAAUAAAAAGAAAGAAUUUUGGAGUUUGGCCAAACCGACCUCACAAGGAACCGAUCCUUUACAUAACACAGCGAUAGAAUUCCUCUCAAAUCUUUACAGUUCAAUUUUUAUCUCUACACCGAAAACUAGGACCGACAGCUUCCUUUUAAACGCUUACAAUAGGGCAGACGAGAUCGCCUCAAAGCAUGGAUACUGCGGACCAGCUUGCGGAUGCAGAGCUCGCAUUCUUUCGUUCAAUAGAAAUCCAAAUUUGAAAAUUUCAGCCGACGAUUACUAUUUCAAGAAAAUACAGAAGAACCUUUCAAGCGAGCUCCACGUUGGCCACGCGAUUGAAGAGAUGUCUUAUCUUUUGGCCGGAGAAAACCAAAUUUCUAAAAAUUCAAUUGAUGACUUCUGUCAGAACCUCGCGAAAAAUAGCUCGAUCCUUAAGAACUACCAGGAACAGCUCAUUGAGUGCUUUUUGAGUAUGUUUAAUCAUCAUUCGAAUUUAUUUGCCAGCCAUUUAAGGGAAACGUUCACAAACCCAUUUGCUGAACACAACUAUGCAGCUCUGUUCGAAUCCGGCUUCAAAAUCCUUUUCCCUGACGAAUUAGAAGAUAAUGAUUCGGAUUCUAAGAUAGAAUGCAGGUUUAUCUACAAAGAAUUAAUUACUUCAAGAUUAUUCGCUGCUUCCAAUGAUCUCGGAACGAAAUUGACCUACAAUGUCAUGUCAUUUGUUGAUUCUUUGUUAUAUCAUGCAAAUUUAGUUACAGCUCUUGAGUUUACAGCCCAGGAAUCACUUCCUCAGCCCAUGAAACAGGCUUCUUCGCCUGCAACAACUCAAAUUCGUAAACUUUUGAAAUUAUUACCAAAAGAUUACGAUGAUUCCUACUUUGCGACCGCCAGUUCUGUUCUAUCCGUCUUAGGAACACCACAGACCCAGCUUCCUUCCCUUGCUUAUGCAUUACAUACGCUUGCUUUGACAGAUUUAGAUGAAACUAUCGCUCCUGACGUUGUUCCUCACAUUUUCAACUCCGCGCCUGCUGUAUCUGCUGCAGCGGUUCGUUCCCUGCAGACAAUGAUCGCUAGAGAACCGAAAAUGUUUACAAAUAUUUUUGAAAGCAUUGUAAACGUUUACAAAGACAGAUUACUUAAAUCCUAUGAGUCCCUUGUAAUAGGUAUUAACUGUCUGAGCCACAUAAUCUCGUCAACGUGCUCUUCCCAGGAAUUUCAUCAAAAUCUUCCACAAAAAGUCAUAGUUUACGUCAACGCCAUCUACUUAAUUGGAUUGUGUGUACCACAGCCAACAGUCAGACAGCAGGCUUUGAACGCUAUCGACAGUUUCGCAAGCUUAUAUCAGAAUAUUGAAACCGCUGGAAGCUUUUUGAGACUGAACGAGACACAAAUCGUCAGUACUGCACUCCAAAACUUACUUAGAGCAGGUAGAUUCGGCUCUUAUAUAAUAGAAACGAUGUCAAUCAUCAAAUUCAACGAAAUUUCGAACUCUUCCUAUGAGAAAGCCUUCUUAUUCUUCUUGUCCUCGUACAUGAAGCUCAUUUCGAAGACAGAUAUCAUCUCUAUCGACUCAAUUGACACAGCAAACUCUUUAAUUGAGAAUUCGAAGAUUCCUGACAUCGGCCAACACUUUUGUAUGGUCAAUGCAGCCUUCGUAGAUAACAUAGAAUCAAAGAAAUUCAUAAAAUUGAUCGAACAAACAAACGAAAUCUGUCAUUCGAAUGAAGCGUUAGGCUUAGGAAUAUUCUGUGCUCUCAAGGAUGACAUAUUCAUCCAGUAUAUCGCUACUCUUAAGUAUAGUUCUUAUUUAUACAAACCAAUCCUCUUUGGUUUGAGGACGUACGUGACAAAUUCACCACCAGAAGCUGUCCAGGAGAACAUUGGCCUCAUUUUCGAUGUUUUAGCAGUUUUCUUUGACUAUUUCACUUCGAAAAAUAUCAAAUCUGACCAUAUUAAGCCAUUAUACGAACUACCAGAUGGUGAUCCGAAUAUUUCCAUGGCGAUUACCUCGUUCCUGGAGUUCGGAGCGUAUUGUUUCGAAAGUAUUUACAAUAGAUUAGCGAUGACACCUGCUGGAUUGUAUGCCAGAGUACCUGCUUUAGUCUCGAAGUUCCCAUUCUCUACAGAUUACAAGUCUUGGUUCGCAUUAACUCUUAAUUUGGUCAGAGUUGAAAAAGUUACAGAAGCAGCGCAAACAUGUUUAAGCGCUUUGCUCGCUGUAUUCUCAAUCCCCGAAUUCUGCUUCCUCGAGUUCGUCAACUCUAUCGAUUAUUUCACAGAUGGAAAUCCAUUGUUGUUGUCACGUUUUCUCCUACGUUGUAUAGAAACUCAAUUAGCAGUAUUCACAGAGAAAGCAGAGACCGACGUCAGGUAUUUCCAUGCGAUUGCUAAUAUGUUCCCAGCACCAGAUGCCCCAUUAAUGGAACUCCAAACUUCGGCAAUCGAAAAUUACGAAAACAAAAACGAGAACGAAGGCAUCUUCUCCGAGAAAAUCCUUUAUUCAUCAGGUACUCUCCUAGGUUUGGCCUUCUAUUAUGUAAUGGGAGACUCAAUUCCAGCGAAGAAAUCUGCAAUUAGGAUUUUGAGAGCAGUCGGACUUGGAACUGCCACUGCUUUCUGUUCACCAGUAGAUGUUGCCAUUGUUUAUAAGAAUAUCAAUGACUUAACUUCAAAUAUCUUAAAUCAUAUCCACGGAAGUGCCUUAAAUCCGGCUAUUACUCUCUCCGCAGUAUUCCACAAGAAGAUCCCUCAAAUAGGUGAGCAGAUUGUCCUCAAAAUGAUGCAAUUGGCCUCAGCAUAUCCAACUCUUGCUUCUGCCAUCGAACCGUGGCUCUCAAACGUUUGUUUCUCAGACUAUAACGAUAAACGAGUCAUUGUAGGGACAAUUGACAAAUUUGCUUAUUCCACAGCAUUUUCAUUUACAGAAGACCUUCUUUCGCUUCCUAAGAACAUAAAUACACUCAAACUUGUCAGGAGAGCCAUAGAAGGCCAAAGCAAAGAGUCAGAUAACAUUGCUCAUUUUAUUAUCGUAACAAUCAUGUUGAAUCACGUUUUACGAGGUGAGAACAGCCAGUUCGAGACAAUCAUAGCCUAUAUUUUCAUGGUUAGCCCUGAUAUAGUCAUCAGAGACAUUCUUCAGUUUUUGAGGUUCGCCUUUUGGCAUUACCACGAAACAACUAACGGCAAAUACGACGCAUUGUUCGAUAUCGAUAAGUUCAUCGGCCAAGCUUUGAAUAAAAACGAAGAUGAAGGAGAUAGUGACUUAAUUUCUUACGAAGAAGCAAUUUCUUUUGUUAUCCGUACGAUUAAAACACUAUUCGAGCAAUCUACAACAGAUUUCGACAAGUACAAGCCGUGGUUAGUCAUAUUUACAAUUAUUACUAUGUCACAGUUCCAAGAAGACCUUAUUGAGUUCAGAAGUAUCAUCCCUAUAUGCUUCAGUGGCCAAGAAGACCAGAUUGCGAAGAUGAUCAGAGACUUAGACGACGAAACUAAAAAUUUAAUCCUGAAUGAGCUUCUUACAUGGGGUUUAUGCUGCGGCGACCUUCAAUUUGCCACUCGCGCAUUGAAGUUGUACAUCCAAACUGCGGAUAAACUCGAUGCAAAAGAAAUUAUUCAAAAAGCCACUCGAAACUUAUAUGUUUGUGCUCUUUGUUUGUACGAGAAAUCUAAUGGAUUAGCCAAGCCAAGGCAUUCCCAGUGGUUCUAUGUAAUUGUUGACGAUCAGCAGAACGUAGAUUGGAAGAUGGUGACUUUAUACAUCACAAAUCUUCUUGAACUGAUCAAGAAAUGCGUAGAACUUAGUGAUGAAGUGUUUGUCGACGCGUUCUGGACAGCAGCGGCCUUCACAAUCUGUGGAACCGUCGAAUAUGUCUCAAUUCUUAACGCGGCCAUCGAUAUAAUGAUCGAGAUUCUCAAAAAGCAAAACGCGUCAGAUAAAAUUCGGUCGCAUGGCCGGCCAAAUAACUUUGAUGGCGUAUUAAGUUUAAUUAGUGAAUCCAAAUUCAACAAAGAGACAGUUCCACGGUUAUUAUUACUCUCUACAUUACUAGAACAAAACAAUCUAGUCAAUGUAGCCUUGGACGACACUAAUGCCGCACAAUUUGUUUUUGUUGCCUUACAUGCUUUAGCGGAUAUCACCGGCAACGAAAGCGAGACACGCAAUCAGUUGAUGACAUCAUCUUCCCCUCACAAAAUCGGUGAAGGAGAUGCAAACAUCGCAUUCAGAUUGCUUGGCCAAAUUGCAGCGACAACAACUGGAUUGACACAGCAGAUGAUUUUCGAUUUCUGUGCAGCGUUGAUGACAAUGGUCAACUGCAAGAUCGAUGAAACAACAGUGUCAAUCAUUGCUUCUACGUGCGCAAACAAUAAUCAGUCAUAUGCUGCUGAUUCAUUGCUUUCUAUCAUCCAAAGUCGCGGCGGAACAAUCAAAAGAGUUAUAAAUACAAUUGCAUCAACAAUUGCUCCGAAAUUCCCUAAAAUACACUUUUUGCAAAAGUACGAGUUCAAUGAUGCAUUUGAUGAUAACGAAGAUUGUUUCGCUUCUCCGACAACAUUCCCUCCAUUGUUCAUCAAUGAUACUGGUUUCUUCCCUUGUUCAUUGCAGUCUGUGAUACACGACACUGUUCAAUGCGCUCCUGCACAGCCAUUCACUAAAUGGUCGAAACAGAUGUUCAAGGCACAGAUGAAGCCAAUGGAAGAAGAGAAUGAAACAGUGACAAUAAAGAUAGAAGAUGGUUUGUUCGCCAAGGUAAAGAACAUUGUUCUGAAAGAGGAAUUGGAAGGAAGUGAUAAUGAUGAUCUAGAAAAUGAUCAGAAUAUUUCUACUUCCAAUAAAGAUGAUGAACAAAAAUCUCCACAGGAAGAAGUUGUGAAUUAUAGAACUAGAAGGGAAGAAAAUGAAAUUGACUGGUCAUUGUUCAUCCCUUCAACAAAAGUUGUUUGUGAUCUUUCUUCUGGAUUGUUUGAUGGAUUAGAUGUUCCUUCUGUUUUUGAUUAA